AUGUCACAACCACGGAAAAGAUUCAAGUUAGAAUGUUUGGAAUGUGGGAGUCAGUUUGACAAUGAUUACAAAUAUCGUCAUGAGAAAGCAAAACAUAAUGGAAAACAUGUUCAAGUUAAACAUGCAGGCAGCUUUGCGAACCCAUUUGAGGCCUCUAAGAGAAGAAAACAAAAUUCAAUUUCUUCUCCACUAAUUCCUACGAGCUCCUUCAUACAUCAAAAACCAGUAGUAAAUACGACACCUUCAGAUAAUUUAUCCGUUAUCGACGAACCUGCAGAAGAUCAUUCGGCGCCAUUAGCCAUAAAAGAGCAAUUGCCUCCAAUACUAUUACAGUCACUACCACUAUCAUCACCAUCAUCGACAUCACCACCUCCACCAUCGCCGCCGCCACCACUAUCAUCAUCAUCAUCAUCACCACCACCACCACCAUCAUCAUCGCCACCGUCACCAUCAUUGCCACCCCCACCACCAUCACCACCCCCAUCAUCACCACUAUCACCAUCGUCAUUACCUCCGUCAUCAUCGCCACCCCCACCCCCAGAAACACAAUGUCAUGACUCUGAACCUGAAUAUUCCUGGAUAAAUUUAGCUGGUCAAGUCACCGAAUUUUUGACAAAUUUUAAGAUUGUUGAGGAACUUAUAAAUCAAGUGAAGAAAGAUGCAAUUCCAAACCCAAAAAUAUUUUUCAGUGAAAUGAUCGACUGCUUAGCAAAAAUUCAUAAUGAAAGUGGUGAGUUGUUGGAAUAUGCCCAGAAAGAAGAUAAAAAUUUCUGGAAUAGUGAUGUCAAUUUACAGGUUGGAAAUGACACAUUGAUAGAACAUGAUCCUGGAAAGAGGAAAAGGGUAAUGAGUAGCAACGAGCGGUACUAUUUGAAUUCCCUUGGACCCUUUCAACCAAAGUUAAAUUCCUAUCCCAUUAACACUGACAUACCAAAGAAGAAACAAUGUCACUUUAACCCAGCAUGGUACACUGAAUUUCCUUUAUUAGAAUAUAGUCCAUUUAAAGAUGCAGCAUUUUGUUUCGCUUGCAGCUUGUUUCACACAGGAGCUGGCAGAUCGAACGCGAACGCAGAAUGGGUAUCUGUAGGUGUACGUCAGUGGCACAAGAUGAAGAGCCGUGGCACCACUAAGAGAGGGAAAUUGCUUUUGCACUUUACUUCAGAAUCGCACCAAGCUGCUAUGAGUGAUCUCUGUCAUUUCAUUUCCGGAGGAUCUCAUAUUGAUGUCUUGCUUGAUAAAUCGAUAAGAGAAAAACAUAUUAAAGAAGAGCAAGAAAAACAUUAUCACAUGAAAGUCAUUCAAAUUUUAAUUGAUGUUGCCAAAACAUUAGGAAGGCAAGGUUUAGCGUUCCGAGGACAGGAAAGUUUGGAAGAAAAAGAUGGUGGAAAUUUUAAGCAAGUUGUGAACUUGCUUUCACGACAUUGCGCUACUAUGAAAAAAUGGUUAGUUGAAACAAGCCAGAGACCUCAUCACGUUACAUAUCUAAGUAACGUGUCACAAAAUGAAUUUAUAGAUUUAUUAGGGACGAAAAUACGAGAGUUUAUUUUAAAAGAAGUUGAUGAAGUAGAAUUUUAUUCUAUCAUGGCUGACACGACACCAGACUCUUUGCAUCAAGAUCGACUGGCCAUAAAUAUAAGAUACAUUAUUGAAACCAGUGAAGGUCCUAUACCUAUUGAGAGACUCUUGAAGCUAGAUAUUGUACUUACAAAGAAAACAGGAGAAGAGUUAGCCGAAAAAAUAUUUUCCUCUCUUAACUCCCUUGGAAUUUCUUCAAGCAAAAUUGUAUUUCAAUCGUACGAUUUCGCAAGAAAUAUGUCCGGGGAGUACAAGGGUACGCAAAAAAAGUUCUCAGAAAAGUGUGAAAAAACAAUUCUUUACAUUCCCUGCCAAGCCCAUAGGAUGAACAUAUUUGUUGAGACAGCAUGCAACGCUAGUUGUUUAAUCCGUGGGUAUUUCGAUGUUUUAGAAGCGUUGUAUGUGUUUUUUUCUGGAAGUUCUAAACGUCUUCAAAACUUACGGGAGGAACUGAAAACGAUUGAAAAUUCUUUAGAACUUAAGAACCUCUCUAAAACACGGUGGACUGCUAGGGCGGAAUCCGUGAAGGCAGUAUGGAUUUCCUAUGAAAGCAUCGUGAGGGUGUUAGAGCUCAUUAAGUUAAAUUUCAAUGAUUUUGAUAGCAAGUCACGUGCGGCAGCUUCUGGGCUACACAAAAAAAUGCUGGAUUUUGACUUUAUUUGCUCUCUUUUUUUCACGAAAAAUAUUUUAUUUAAAAUUAAACAUUUAACAGAGUCUUUGGAAAAGGCCGAACUAAACAUUGUUGAUGCUAUGCAGCUUAUUCAAGGUACGAUGAAAUCUUUUGAAGAAAUUAAUAACGACGAAGAAAUUAAUUCAUUGAUUAAAAGUUCGCUUUGCUUUGCAAAGAAUCUCAAAACUAGCCCAGAAGACGAAUACUUAAAAAACCACAGAUUGCGCCACGCACCAAGAAAACUUGACAACAAUCCAGAAACCAAUACCAGUUUUGAUUUGAUGACAUAUUAUCGGAAAGAAUUUAAAGUUGUUCUAAAUGUUUUCACAUCAUGCAUUCAAGAUAAUUUAAAGAAUACCCUGUCAAUAUUUGAGCCAUUCCAGACAAUUUUUACCAUUCCACUACACAGAAAUAACUGUUCCAUUGAAGCAAUAACAUCCAUAGUAGAAUCAUAUCCAGAAUUAUUUCCAAAAGACAUAGAAUGUUUGCAUGUAGAAUUGCAAAUGCUUUUGGAUGCAAGUGAAAGUUGUCUAAGUUUUGUAGACAUAUCUAAAAUGGCGUUUAAACUGAGAAAUGUUUUACCCAGUGCCUACAAAAUUUGUCGCCUGAUAUUAACUUCACCAUUGUCUUCAGCAUCUUGCGAAAGAUCAUUUAGUAAGUUGAAGUUGGUUUUUAACAAUCUUCGGACAAAUAUGGGUGACGACCGCUUAGAUUCUUUAAUGCUUCUCUUUACUGCGAAAGACAUAGUGGACAAAAUUGACACUCACGAUAUUGUGACUAAAUGGUCACAGUUAAAGCUCCGUAGAGUAAAAGUAAAUUAA